GAACCGAACUAUUAAAUUUGUUCAACUCAAAGACUUCUGUCUAAUUUUCUUAAUAAAAAUUCUUAAAUUAAACAAGCUCAAUUGUUCCGAAUUUUUUUUUUUUAUCUAGAUUAAAAUUUCAAAGUAAAAAUCAUAAUUAGAAUAAAGAAAAAAAUGGUGCAAGGUUAGCUGAGCUUAGAUUAGAUUGCCGCGCCUAUAGAGUAAAGAAUCGUUAGAAGGCAAGGCAGAGUCUUCUGUUCUGGUCAACAAGGCGGCGUAUUAAACCAAACUCAUUCUUCUUCUGAGUUUACAGAACAAGAACAACUCACAGAAAUGGCGGUUGGGAAAGGAGAAAUGGGCGAGAUUGUGAAAGCUCGUACGGACAAGCGAGAGUAUAGGAGGAUCGUCCUCCCUAAUUCUCUCCAGGCUCUUUUAAUCAGCGAUCCGGAUACUGAUAAGUGUGCUGCUUCCAUGGAUGUUCGUAUUGGAUCUUUCUGCGACCCCGAUGGCCUCGAAGGCCUCGCUCAUUUUCUUGAACAUAUGCUGUUUUAUGCUAGUGAAAAGUAUCCUUUGGAGGACAGUUACUCAAAGUACAUUACUGAGCAUGGGGGCAGCACAAAUGCCUUCACAGCUAGUGAGCACACCAACUAUUAUUUUGAUGUGAACGCUGAUUGUUUUGAAGAGGCUGUGGACAGAUUUGCUCAGUUUUUUAUCAAACCUUUGAUGUCUGCUGAUGCUACUACGAGGGAAAUCAAAGCUGUUGAUUCGGAAAAUCAGAAAAACUUACUGUCUGAUACUUGGAGAAUCUACCAGCUCCAGAAACAUUUGAGUUCAGAGAGUCAUCCAUUCCACAAAUUCAGUACAGGAAACUGGGACACUUUGGAGGUCCGUCCAAAAGCAAAAGGGUUGGAUACUAGACAGGAGCUGAUUAAACUUUAUGAAGAAAAUUAUUCAGCGAACCUCAUGCAUCUGGUUGUAUAUGGAAAAGAUAACCUGGACAAAAUCCAAGCCCUUGUGGAGGAAAAGUUUCUAGAUAUUAAAAACAAAGACCGCAGCAGCCCUCGCUAUCCUGGUCAACCUUGCUCAUCAGAACACCUACAGAUUCUUGUGAAGGUUGUCCCAAUCAAGCAAGGUCAUAAGUUGAGAAUUGUAUGGCCCAUUACUCCAGAAAUUCACCACUACAAGGAAGGACCUUGCAGGUAUCUUGGUCAUCUUAUUGGCCAUGAAGGAGAAGGAUCUUUGUUUUACAUCUUAAAAACAUUGGGAUGGGCAACUAGUUUGUCUGCAGGUGAAGGGGAUGGGUCAUUUGAGUUUGCUUUCUUUAAAGUAGGGAUUGAACUUACUGAUGCUGGUCAAGAGCACACUCAAGAUAUAAUAGGUUUGCUUUUCAAAUAUAUUGCUCUAGUGCAGCAGUCUGGUGUUUGCAGUUGGGUAUUUGAUGAGCUUGCAGCUGUUUCUGAGACAAAGUUCCAUUAUCAGGAUAAGACUCCUCCUAUUGAUUAUGUCGUCAAUAUUUCAACCAAUAUGGAGUUAUAUCCCCCCAAAGAUUGGCUUGUGGGUUCAUCAUUGCCAUCUAUAUUCAGUCCAAGCAUUAUUCAAAAAGUGCUGGAUGAUCUUUCUCCAAACAAUGUGCGAAUUUUCUGGGAAUCAAAUAACUUUGAAAACCAUACUGAUUUGGUUGAGCCAUGGUAUUCAACUGCCUAUUCCAUUGAGAAAAUCACUAGCUCCAUGAUUCAGGAAUGGAUGCUUUCUGCUCCUAAUGGAGAACUGCAUCUACCAGCCCCUAAUGUCUUCAUCCCAACUGAUUUGUCAAUUAAAAAUGUGCAUGAAGAGGUCAAAUAUCCAGUUCUCUUAAGAAAGUCACCAUAUUCCACAUUAUGGCACAAACCUGAUACGGUGUUCCUUACUCCUAAAGCUUUUGUUAAAAUAGACUUUAGCUGUCCCCAUGCUAAUGACUCCCCAGAAGCGGAAGUUCUAAGCAAUAUUUUUACAGAGUUGUUGAUGGACUACUUGAAUGAAUUUGCUUAUUAUGCCCGCGUUGCUGGUCUUUAUUAUGGAAUAAGCCACACAGAUAGUGGAUUCCAGGUAACUCUAGUUGGUUAUAAUCACAAAUUGCGAAUCUUACUGGAAACUGUGAUUGGGAAAAUUGCAAGCUUCAAAGUGAAACCCGACAGGUUCUCUGUGAUUAAGGAAAUGGUAACAAAAGAGUACCAAAAUUUGAAGUUUCAACAGCCAUAUCAGCAGGCUAUGUACUAUUGCUCAUUAAUUCUACAAGAUCGUACAUGGCCGUGGAUGGAAGAACUUGAAAUUCUUCCUCAUCUGCAAGCUGAUGAUCUUGCUAAGUUUGCUCCUUUGAUGCUUUCGAGAGCUUUCUUUGAGUGCUACAUUGCAGGAAAUAUUGAGCGCAGUGAAGCUGAGUCAAUGGUCCUGUACAUAGAAGAUGUUUUGUUCAAGGAGUCAAAUCCUAUAUGCCGACCGUUAUUCCCAUCCCAACAUUUGACAAGUAGAAUUGUGAAGCUUGAAAACGGCAUAAGUUACUUCUACCCUGUGGAAGGCCUCAAUCCAAGUGAUGAUAAUUCAUCCCUUGUCCAUUAUAUUCAGGUACAUCAAGAUGAUUUUAGAAUGAAUGCGAAACUUCAGCUCUUUGCUCUAGUUGCAAAGCAACCAGCUUUCCAUCAGCUUAGAUCAGUUGAGCAACUUGGUUACAUCACUUUCUUGCUUUCAAGGAAUGAUAGUGGUGUCCGUGGAUUACAGUUCAUUAUACAAUCUACAGCAAAGGGUCCAGCACAAAUAGAUUUAAGAGUAGAAGCUUUCCUCAAGAUGUUUGAGACUAAACUGUAUGAAAUGACUGACGAUGAAUUUAAGAGCAAUGUAAAUGCUUUAAUCGACAUGAAGCUUGAGAAACACAAAAACUUAAGGGAAGAAUCUGGAGUUUACUGGCGAGAGAUUUCAGAUGGGACCCUCAAGUUCGAUCGAAGAGAAACAGAGGUUGCAGCACUAAAGCAGCUCACAAAACAAGAACUAAUAGAUUUUUUCGAUGAAAAUAUAAAAGUCGGGGCACCUCAGAAGAAGGAACUGAGUGUGCGAGUGUCUGGGAACCUCCAUUCUUCCGACUACAAAAAAGAUAAAACUGAACCUGCAGAACCCGGCUCAGUCAGAAUCGAUGAUAUCUUCAGUUUCAGAAGGUCUCGGCCGCUUUACGGUUCAUUCAGGGGAAGCUUUGCUCAUGUGAAGUUGUAAAGAGAUUAAGAGCAUUUGAAUACCCAUCUGAAAGCUCGUGUCCUUUCUUAAUCAUUUUUUAAAGUACAUGUUAUUCAGAUAUUUUACUUGGCCAGAGUGACAUUUUUUCUUUUUUAAGUGUUGGAAUCAUUAAUAUCGAUUGCUACUUUUAAAAUGUCAACACAUCUACAUGAACAUCACCCUUGCUACAAAUAGAACUAUUAUAGAACUUGGGAUGGAAUUCUUACCGCAAAAUGUAACACUUGAAUUUUGUUUCUUAAACCUCAUUUUUUUGGAA